UCUGCGACUUACAUUAAACAUGCGAUAUUCAAAUUCAUACAAAGCGCUUCAUCAGUAAUUGUUAUGACAUUGAAUCGCUUUUUUGUUUUUGGUUUUAAUUUUGAAAACAAAGUUUGUGAAUUUUAUAAUAAAUAAGUGAAAAACACCGAUAAAUUGUUUAGAUGCAAUUCGAACGAUUCGAAUAUAUGCACACGAUGAACACUUCGCUUCCAACGUCGCCGCUAGUAAAAAAAGGACUCGAUAUUUAUUUAGAGAAUAAAAAGAAGCGCUACUAUCUCAAAUGGGGAGCGAUCAAUGUUGUAUUUUUGGCAAUAUUAUUAUACGAUAUAAACAACAAAUGCCCAUUUGCAUAUUCAAAAUGGUAUUAUUUGGAGUAUAUUGCUACCGGCUUAUCGGCUCUUAGUCUGGUGUACUACUUCAUGCGAUUUAUGUUUUUAUGGUUUACAUUUGAACCGAUCAAAGGUACCCAAGCACAAAAAAAAUUGCUACACUUUGAUGGAGAUUCAUCAUUCGUUGUGCAACAACCCGAAAAGUUCGAUUCACAAGUACCAGUAUCAAGUCCAUUGGAUACAACUGCAAUCAUGAACUGGCAUUCAUCAUUUAAUGAAGGUAAUCGCGCAACAACAAAUACCAUGUGGGGUUUCAAUCGUUCACCGGUGCAUCAGCAAAAUUUUAACAAUAGCCCAAUUACAAAUUACUCAUGGCAUCGAGCACAAAACAAUUUACAAAAUUCAUCAUUUGGCAAAAGUAAUAUCAGUCCAAAUCAAUCCAAUAACAAUUCAUUCAAUUCGCCAUAUAAAACCUAUACCAAAGAUGAAAUUAUUACCGAUGAACAUGGUUUGCAAAAGUAUUUAAGAGAAGUGGCAAAGGAGGAAACGAAUUCCACGGGUAAUUUGAAUUUUUCCGAUGUUCGUGAGACAGUUGAUCGUAAUUCAACAAAUACACUGUGGAAUUAUUGGAAUAAUGCGGCAAAUUUACUAAAAACAUCAAUCUAUCAAUUGUCACCGACAACCACAUCACCGAACAAACAAUCAUCGGGCAAAGAAUUGACCGGAAGUCUUGGUCCUGGUUGUGGUGAUUUGGCCGCAAUGUCAGAUCUAUUCAAAACAAUUUCAAUGCCAAAACUUACAAAAUAUGUGACAAAUUUGCGAAUGUGGCUAUCAGCCACGAUUCUACAGCAAUUGGUGAAAGAAUUCGAUAAAAUCGAUAAUGAAUUUGCGAUCCGUGGUUUUUCCGACAUUAAAAUUGGCAGCGUUAGUUUGGAGCGUUUGAAGAAAACGGCUGAAAAUCACAUGGUGUCAUCGUAUGUACCGGCAUUGUCAACAGUUUUACCAUUUUUAGAAAUUUCAACCAAUCAAGAAUAUUUGGUGCAACGCAUUCGUGAAUUGGCCAAAGGUAGCGGCUUGAAUAUUCACGAUUAUCGUUCGCAAAAUUCAUACGACUUAAAUUUGGAUGAACAUGUAACAACUGAUGCAGCCAUUAUCUUUCAUCUGUUUUGCGCUUAUAUGGAUAGUCAACUGAACCCAUUACCACCACCAGGUGGUCGUCCAUUUUUCAAUCGUUACGUUGUACUUGGCGAUAAGAAAUCACUCAAGGAAACUAUUGAAGAGGUGAAAUCGAAAUCAAAAUGUGCCAUUUUAUACACGAACCCAGCCAAACCGAAAUUUAAUUUCAUCAGCGAUGACAAAGUCCAUCACUGCACUCAUGAUCGAAACAAUUUGUUUUGUGUUAUCAUUCAUUUUUUGGUCUACAUGAAAGAACGAAAUGCCGGAUUACUGGAUGGAGUUAAUUUGGGCCGAAGUGGAUUAAAUAUUUUAUGUGUCGUUGAAGAUAAAGAAUAAUAAUCAUCAUAAUCAUUGUAAAUCAUGUGCAUUCGAAUGUAGCUAGAAUGCCGAUUUAAGUUCUCUCUCACAGACACACACUCAUCAUACAAUUGAACGACAAUUCAUUAGAAUAAGAAAUAAAACGUUAAUUUCAAAAAAUGAAUAAAUAAAAAUAGUUUUCGAUUUAUUUUUAA